AUGCAUAACACUGCCCCGUGUCUUGAGGUUCGAGAACUGAUUAAGCGCGCAGGAACCAACGGCUCCCAGUUCUUCAUCUGCACCGUCAAGACCUCCUGGUUGGACGGGAAGCACGUCGUCUUCGGCCAGGUUGUUGAGGGUCUUGAGGUCGUCCAGGCCAUCGAGAAGGUCGGCUCCCAAAACGGCUCCACUAAGCAGACCGUCACCAUUGCGGACUGCGGCCAGUUGUAG